GAGACCACCGUAAGGAGCUCACCGCCCUUCAGCAUGUGUGAGUGAGACGGGGGAAUUUAAACACACUGCUUCUGAUGGAUUACCGUUUCUUUUGGAUUACAUUUUUAUUGUAUGUCCAAUUAAAAACUGCGUAAACAGUACAGGAAUACAUUGUAGGGACAACUGGUCACGACAACCACUACUUUUCUUUGGGUGGAAAACAGCUUAUCCAAUUUUUUAUAUUCGAAAAACUUUUAUUUUUUUACUUUUAGUACUGGGUUAUUCAGGCACGAAUGUCUUAGGAUAUUGCCGAUUCUGUGCGCUUCGAAGCCAUGGGGUACUACUGGUAUCAGUGUGACCAUCUCUGGUGCGCGUCUUUCAGAUAGAAGCAGCUGUACAUAUCCACUGAAAUGGAAGUUUAACAUUAAACCACCUAAAUACAUUCAAUGGGAAUACAACUUGGUUCAUUAAGGCGACCCUGAGCACCGAAAACAUGGCUUGCAUUCCAAGUUUCUCUGCGCAAUGGCUAAAUAGGAAAAAACACCAGUAGCAUUCUUAUUUGAAGUCAGGAGCAACGAUGAUAGCAACUGGGGGUGUCAUCACAGGACUGGCCGCACUGAAGCGCCAGGACUCGGCCCGCUCCCAGCAUCACCUGCCCAUCCAGAUGCAGCCGGCGGAUGCAGACAAGAAGAAGGCCAAGCGCAAGCCGCGGUCAGACGUGGUGGUAGUGCGUGGGAAGAUCCGGCUCUAUUCCGCGUCCGGCUUCUUCCUGGUCCUCGGCGUGCUGGUGCUGAUGGCCGGGAUCGCCAUGGCCGUGCUGGGCUACUGGCCGCACAAGGAGCCUCAUCUGCGCCCGUCCAGUGCCAGGCUGCCAUCCACGAACGACGUCAGCGCCAGCGGCAACGUGUCUAGGGUGAAGCCAGAGCCGGGCGGCGUGGUGGCGCAGUUCUUCGAGCAGCACCUGCACUCAGAGAAGAUGAAGAUGCUGGGGCCGUUCACAAUGGGCAUCGGCAUCUUCAUCUUCAUCUGCGCCAACGCCAUCCUUCACGAGAACCGCGACCGUGAGACAAAGAUCAUCCACAUGCGGGAUAUGUACUCCACCGUCAUCGACAUCCACAGCCUGAGGGUCAAGGAGCACAAGUUCAUGAACGGGGGCUCGGCGUAUUCAGGGCCCUAUGCGGAGCAUGAGGUCUCCAGGACUUACCAUCACCACGAGAACCAGUGUGCCUCACGGUUAGCGGCAAACACGCUGCUUUCGUUUUCCGGCAUCGGUAAUGACGUUCGGCUCUCGCGACGCGCCAGUUCGGCCGAGGAAGAGGAGGGCCUGCUGAGCGAGGCGAAGGGCGGCUUGAGUCACCUCGGGCCCAACUACCGGGAACGUUCCGGAUCCAUCUUUGGCCUGCAACCGGAGUGCGGCCGGCCAUGGGACGACCGCUCCAAGAAGUGCCAGACCGGCUCGAUCGUCUCGUCCUCCAUCAGCGCCUUCACCCUGCCGGUCAUUAAGCUUAACAACUGCGUGAUCGACGAGCCAGACAUCGACAGCAUCACUGAGGACUUGGAGAGUCAGGUGCACGCCGGCUCCCGACCACCCUCCAUGGAGUCCCUAACCGUGCCUAUGCCAGACAUCGCCAAAGCCUACAAGCCUCCGACGGUAACCCUCCUCAGGAGCAACUCGGCCACCGACUCGUCACUCUCCUCCUGCUUCUCCCAGGCCUCGCUCUCCCCGAUGUCGGCCAGCAGUCGCUUCCUCUCCCCGGGGGCCGCUCGCAAGGACUUUGGCUCCAACAGCUCCAUCCACAUGCUGUCGGCCCACUCCAAGUCGCUGGACCUGGAGCGGGGUCACGCCACCCUCACCGUCCAGACCGAGCAGCGCAAGCACCCCAGCUGGCCCCGACUGGACCGUAGCAACAGCAAAGGCGGUUACAUGAAGCUGGAGAACAAGGAGGACCCGAUGGACCGGCUCCUGGUGCCGCCGAUGGCCAUCAAACGGGACUACACCAAGAAGGAGAAGCUCCUGAUGAUCUCCAGAUCCCAUAACAACCUCAGCUUCGAGCACGACGAGUUCAUGAGCAGCUCGCUGAAGAGAGGGACUUCAGAGACCAGGUUUUAAAAUGGACAUGCUUUCACAGGUGCCAUAACACACAAAUACACACAAUCUGUCCAUGUUAUUUGUGAUAGGAAGAUUCUGCCGCAAUACAAAGUGAUUGUUUUGGGGGGUUUUAUGUUCAUGUUAUCUUGCAGUGCACCGUAGCAAUGUUGCAUUGGUGUAAUAUGUAGGUACUUUCACUGAACUGCUCAGGUAGCCAUGAAUGAGUGAAAAGUCUAAACAAUGUUGAAAUUACAUGGGUGGAACAUGGCCGCUGUUGGGAAGACCUCUAACAAUUCAUGUAGAAAUGUGAAUUAAAACCUUAUUAAGGGGGCAAAUGACAAACAGUGUUAUAACUGGUGUGUUGUAAUGUAUAAUGUUUCCAUUGUCUUUGCUUUAAAUGAGAAGGAAGAUGUUUGUUUUUAAACACUAUCUGUGUGCUGUAUCAGAGUUAGCAAGGUAUUUUGCUCAGAGGCUGUAUAUAAUUAAUUGUUCAAACACACUGCUAUUUUUGAAGCGUCAUCAAUGUAUAAUUUAUCUGUUUCUCAAAAUAAAGAUGAAAUGUUUUCUCA